GCCAGUGUAUUUUCUAUGACGUUAGCGUGGAGCCGCUGUAAACAAACCCGCGAUGUGGCGCUUUAUUCCGAGCGCCCACAUUUAACCUCCUGCUUAAAUGUACACACGUUGCGGUUUUAACGGGUUUUGGCCGACAGUAAUAAGCGUUUUUCGGUAGUAAUUACGCGUCCGUACAGUUCAUUCUGCAGCCGCCACCUCCGCCGUCGUCCGGGAUGUCCACGUCGGUUGUUGUCAGGUGAAAGUCUGUCUGUCUGUGGGAGAGAUUCGCUUUUCCUUUCCGCCAUGGCCACACCUGCGGAGCCGGAGAUGAGCCUGGCCGAGGCGGAGGGCAGUAAGGAGAAGCCGCAUGUGUUCGGCAUCCUGCGGCUGCAGGAGGAGAAGGGUGGCGGGGAGAAGGCCGGUGUGAAGCCCGGAGACGGGAGGUGGCAAGCGCCCAUAUUCGCUUUAGCUCGGAAAGCGUCAGAGACCAUCUCUGGGGGCAUCCAUGGUCUCCCCAAGGCCGCCGAGCCGAAAGCCUCCCCGUUUCCACCACACGAGUGGAGCGGUACGGCUUUCCGCGACCCUAUGGCAAUGGAAAGGGCCAACUUGCUCAACAUGGCCAAGCUCAGCAUUAAAGGUCUGAUUGAGUCGGCUCUCAGCUUCGGACGAACCCUGGACUCUGACUACCCCCCUCUGCAGCAGUUCUUUGUUGUCAUGGAGCACUGUCUGAAGCAUGGCCUCAAAGUAAAGAAGACGUUUCUUGGAUACAACAAGUCGUUGUGGGGGCCUCUGGAGAUGGUGGAGAAGCUGUGCCCAGAGGCAGGGGAGAUUGCAGCUAGCGUUCGUGACUUACCUGGCCUCAAGACUCCGCUGGGCAGAGCUCGGGCAUGGCUGAGACUGGCACUGAUGCAGAAAAGAUUAGCAGACUACCUGCGUGUUCUCAUCACCAGGAAAGACAUAUUGAGUGAUUUCUAUGAGAGCUCGGCAGUCAUGCUGGAAGAGGAGGGAGCCGUCAUCGUUGGUCUCCUGGUGGGACUCAACGUCAUCGAUGCCAACCUGUGCGUGAAGGGCGAGGACCUGGAUACACAAGUUGGGGUGAUUGACUUCUCCAUGUACUUGAAAAAUGACAUAGAUGACUACAGAACUGAAGAAAGAAAUGGACAAAUUGCAGCAAUAUUGGACCAGAAGAACUAUGUUGAAGAGUUAAACCGACAGCUCAAUUCCACUGUUCAGGGUCUGCAGGGACGUGUGGACUCGUUAGAGAAAUCCAAUUCUAAACUCAUUGAGGAGCUGGCAAUAGCAAAAAACAACAUCAUCAAACUGCAGGAAGAAAACCACCAGCUAAGGACAGAGAACUCAGUAAUUCUCAUGAAGGCUCAGCAACGCCUUGAGGUUACAAAGGGAGAUGUGAACUGCGAGCUGGACACAUAUAAGCAGUCCAGGCAGGGCCUGGACGAAAUGUACAAUGAGGCAAGACGGCAGCUGAGGGAAGAGUGCCAGCUCCGGCAGGAUGUGGAGAAUGAGUUGGUGGUGCAAGUGAGCAUGAAGCAGGAGAUGGAACUGGCCAUGAAGCUGUUGGAGAAGGACAUCCAUGAAAAGCAGGAUACUUUGAUUGGACUUCGGCAACAGCUGGAUGAGGUUAAGGCCAUAAAUGUGGAAAUGUACCAAAAAAUGCAGUCCUCUGAUGAUGGCAUGAAACAGAAAAAUGAUAUGAUUGCACGACUGGAGGAGAAGACCAAUCAGAUAACGGCUACUAUGAGGCAGCUAGAGCAAAGAUUGCAGGACGCCGAGAGGGACCGUCUGAGCGCUGAGGACGGAAUGCGCCGAUUCAAGCAGGACUUCGCCAACAAAGCAGACAGCCUCCAAAAGCAGAUAGCCCAGAGAGAGAAGCAGAUGUUGCAGCUGGAAACUGACUUGAAAAUUGAGAGAGAGUGGAGGCAAACCUUACAGAAUGACCUAGAGCGAGAACGAGACACCGUCGCCCAGCUGAGUGCUGAGGCUCAGCAAAUUAAUGCACUCAAAAAAGAGUUUCACAGAUUGCAGGAUGAAAACACGCAGCUGAAGGGGAUUUGUGAAGAACAGGAGCAGGCUCUGGAGGAGCUAGGCUGUAAACUCAGCGAGUCAAAACUGAAAAUUGAGGACAUAAAGGAGGCCAAUAAAGCUCUUCAGGGUGGGCAGGUGUGGCUUAAGGACAAAGACGCCACACAUUGCAAGCUUUGUGAAAAGGAGUUCUCCAUCUCCAGGAGAAAGCAUCACUGUAGGAACUGUGGGGAGAUCUUCUGUAAUGCCUGCUCGGAUAACGAGUUACCACUCCCUGCUUCGCCGAAACCUGUCCGAGUUUGCGACACGUGCCACGCUCUGCUCCUGCAGCGCUGCUCCUCCAACACCACAUAAGACACAGAUACACACAUGCACACACAACUACGUGCUGCCAAAGCGGCCAGUGUUGGCUUUAACUCUGACCACCAUUUUUUUUCCUGCAUCUUGUCAAGUUAAAUGAAAGUGACCAAAAUGGCUGCACCUGUUCCUCAGUGUUAGAAGUUUACAUUUCUAAUGGGGCUUCUUCUGAACUGCCUCAGAACAGCACACGACAAGGUAGCUGUUCAAAAUAAUGUGAAGUGCCCAAAGAAGGAACUGGGUGUGGUGAACAUACUGGGUCAUUGGUUUCUGUUGUUUUCUAAAGGCUCAGAAGUGACCAUAGAUGGCUUAUUCAUAUUUUGAGCACUACAAGUGAGCAGCACUAAAGUGUAUUAAUAUUCCAAAUAGGUUAGGUACUUAUUUUAGGACAGCAUUCCAGGCCUGUACUGUAAGGUUACCUCCAAGGGAUGGAGGGCAAACAGUACGUUCUUCAUUUACUGUGUCAGAAAUGAAAUGGUGUAUUAUGGAAAUUGCUGCAGAGAUCUUGUUUUAGUUUAUUUUGUAUUCAAAUGAAUAUGUCCAGGGCCUUUUCACAAGAUGACUAUGAAGCACUAAAGCUUUUGAUGCUGCUUAAAUAUUAUUAAGGUGGAUCCAUGAAGUAGCACAGUCACGUCUUGUAAAUGAUUAAGUAUUUUCAUUGCGUAACAAAGUAUUAUUUCAAACUAUAAUGCAUAGACAGAUAUGCCAAGGCAUGUUUUUUUAAAGUGCAGAACUGGAACGCUACUCACCGUAAAUAUUUAUGAUCUUUAUAUUGAAGUGUAAACUGUUAUUAAACACAGUGGUUAACAAAUUGACAUUAGGUUUCAAAUGUGAAACACACUGUUGAACUGUACACAUGCCUUUAACUACUAAAGUUGAUAAUACUUCCA